ACCUAGAAAGCUGUCUUCUGUCUGACACUGUUUUCACAACUCAUCGUCAUUUUGUCUGCGGAAUCGCAAAAGUGUUUUGUCCGUAAGUUUUCACUCGGAAAUUCGUAGAAUUUAAUCGCGCAACUCACCGUAAUCCCAAGUGAACGGCACCAUGUCAACGACGGAAAAGAUUGAAGAAACCCCCGUCAAGGGCAAAACCAAGGAGAAGGAGGAGGAAAAAACCGAUCUGAGCGAUGAGGAUAAGCAACUGCAGGAUGAGUUGAAUAUGCUGGUAGAGAGACUGCAGGAACCGGCAACGGAACUGUACAAUCCGGCGUUGGAAACGAUGGCCAAGUUGAUCAAGGCGUCAACUACCUCGAUGACGUCGGUUCCGAAGCCGCUGAAGUUUAUGCGAUUGCACUUUGAAACGAUGAAGGAGAUUCACAAGACAAUGACGGCAACGCUGAAGGACAAGGUAACGACCAAGCUGUGCGCAGAGAUUAUCUCGGUUCUGGCCAUGACGAUGGGAACCGGGAAGGAGUGCUUGGUCUAUCGACUGCUCUGUGACGAUAGCAAUGAGAAUAUUGGAGAUUGGGGACACGAAUACGUGCGGCAUCUGAGCGGGGAGAUUGCUUCAAAUUGGCCGGAAACGACUGAUGAUUUCAAGAAGCGAUUGAUUUGUUUAAUCCAUCAGAUUAUUCCGUACAAUAUGGCACACAACGCCGAGGCGGAAGCAUGCGAUCUUCUGAUGGAGAUCGAGCGGUUGGAUCUGCUGGAGGCCUACGUGGAUGAAAGCGCCUACCCGAGGGUUUGUCUGUAUCUGCAGAGUUGCGUUCCGUACGUACCGGAACCGGAGAACAUCAGUCUGCUGAAGUGUGCGCUGAAUUUGUCCCGGAAGUUCAAUAUGCACACCCAGGCGAUGCGAUUGGCCUUGAUGAUCAAUGACAUGAAGCUGAUUCAGGAUAUCUUUACGUCGUGCAAUGAUUUGGCGCUUCAGAAGCAGCUGGCUUUCAUGCUGGGAAGGCAGCAGAUUUUCCUGGAACUCCCAGAAGGAUCGAACGAUUACGACGAUCUGGUGGAGAUUAUGUCCAACUCGCAUUUGAAUAAUCAUUUUUUGAAUCUGGCUCGUGAGCUGGACAUCAUGGAACCGAAAACGCCGGAAGAUGUCUACAAGUCGCAUCUGGAUAAUUCCCGUACUCCAUUUGGAUCGCAGAUUGAUUCGGCUAGGCAGAACUUGGCUGCCAGCUUCGUGAAUGGAUUCGUAAAUGCUGGCUUCGGCCAGGAUAAGCUGCUGAUGGAGGAUGGCAAUAAGUGGUUGUAUAAGAACAAGGAGCACGGAAUGCUGAGCGCGACUGCCUCCCUGGGGUUGAUCCUUCUGUGGGACGUCGAUGGUGGUUUGACUCCGAUCGAUAAGUAUCUGUAUUCCAAUGAGGAUUAUAUUAAGUCUGGAGCUCUGCUAGCUUGCGGUAUAGUAAAUUGCGGCGUUAGGAACGAGGUCGAUCCGGCAUUGGCCCUGCUGUCCGAUUAUGUCCUCCACCAGAAUAGUACUAUGAGAAUCGGUGCAAUUCUUGGUCUGGGGCUGGCUUACGCCGGAUCCAACAGAUCUGUAGUCUUGGAACUGAUUGGAUCGGUGUUCAGUUCGGAACGUCGCACUGGAUCGACAAUGGAAGUGAUGGGAAUCGCUGCCCUGUCCCUGGGUAUGAUCGCUGUUGGGUCUUGCAACAGCGAUGUGACCGAAGUAUUGCUUCAAACCAUCAUGGACCGCUCGGAGCUGGAACUGAAGGACACCUAUGCUCGGUUCCUUCCACUUGGGCUGGGCCUCGUCUAUCUUGGUCGUCAGGAAGCAGCUGAAGCCGUAAUUGCAGCUCUGGAGAUUAUUCAGGAACCGUUCCGCUCGAUGGCCACCACUAUGGUCGAAAUCUGCGCUUACGCCGGAACCGGAAACGUUCUCAAGAUUCAACAACUUUUGCAUCUCUGCUCGGAACACUACGAGCCUGCUUCAUCGGAAAGUGAAAGCUCCUCGUCGAAGAAGGAUGCUGCCGCUGCUGCUGCUGCCGCCCAGAAGGAAAAAGAAGACAAGGAGAAGGACCUAUCGGCCUGCCAAUCUGUGGCCGUGCUCGGAAUCGCCCUGAUUGCCAUGGGUGAAGAAAUUGGAUCGGAAAUGGCAUUCAGAUCGUUCGGAAACCUGCUCCGUUACUGCGAACCCUGCAUCCGUCGUGCUGUCCCGCUGGCCCUCGGCCUGAUCUCCGUUUCCAACCCGAAGUUGAACAUCUUGGACACGCUGAGCAAGUUCUCCCACGACAGCGAUGCAGAAGUAGCUCACAAUUCCAUCUUCGCUAUGGGACUGGUCGGAGCCGGAACCAACAACGCCCGAUUGGCCGCUAUGCUCCGUCAGUUGGCUCAAUACCAUGCCAAGGACCCGAACAACCUGUUCAUGGUUCGCAUCGCCCAAGGGCUGACGCAUUUAGGCAAGGGAACACUGACCCUCAGUCCGUAUCACAGCGACCGACAGCUGAUGAGCCCAGUUGCAGUGGCUGGACUAAUGGCCACUCUCGUUUCCUUCAUGGAUGUCAAGAACAUCAUCUUGGGCAAAUCGCACUACCUGCUGUACACACUGGCCACUGCCAUGCAGCCACGAAUGUUGAUCACCUUCACGGAAGACUUGAGCCCAUGUCCGGUUCCCGUUCGCGUCGGUAUGGCUGUCGACGUGGUUGGCCAAGCAGGUAAGCCAAAAACCAUCACCGGCUUCCAGACGCACACCACUCCUGUCCUGCUGGCCAUGGGCGAACGUGCCGAACUGGCCACCGAGGAGUACAUCUCGCUCACACCCAUCAUGGAAGGUUUCUGCAUUCUGAGGAAAAAUCCCAACUAUGUCCCCUAAGAAAAAGGACUGAGAGAGAGAAAGACAGGGUGGACAAUCUUCAGGACUCGGUCGGAAUGCGAUUGAAUUACUAUUUCUAUUGCUACUACUAAUACUACGAAAUAAAAUACUUAUCAAUAUUAGUUUACUCGUAAAAACAAUGUAUUUUAGGUGUUUCACAGCAACAAGCGUAUUUGAAAUAAAAACCCAAAUUUGAAGAAAA